AGUAGUACAAAAGCCAUGAAUGACAUGUUCCGCGACAGUUGCGCCCCUUUAUAUCUUAAAAUAUGAACAGAUUUGUAGGCGAAUGAAAGCGGAAUUUACCCGUACAUGAAAACCAUGGCACUGCUGAAGAACAUGUCUUCAGUUUUAAGAAUAUUAUCGGUCAGGCUCCAGCCGCUGUUGAUCAAUGUUGAAUCAAAUACAAAGCUUUUGCUGCAGUCAUCUCUCACAUGUAAAUGUAACAGAUUCAGCCAGCCGACACAACUAGCAGGCUUUCACACAAGUAUACGUCGUCAAGAUCUGUCUGAAUUUCUUGAUGAAAGAAAACACUGGGCAGAAGAAAAAGUCAAAGUUGGUCGACCUUGGAAGAAGGAUGAGCUGCGAAUCAAGAGUAACGAUGACCUCCACAAACUGUGGUACGUGUUGCUGAAGGAGAGGAACAUGCUGCUCACGAUGGAGGCUGAAUACAAGAGGCUGUGUGCCCUGCUUCCGAACCCAGAGAGGAUCGAUAAGGUUGAUGAAAGCAUGGAGAAUUUGCUGUCUGUUGUGAAGGAGAGGAACGAAGCUUUCAAUCUACUAGAAACGGGGACAACAGGAUCCCCAACUGGCGACUAUGUUCGUAACUUUUUCGGACUGAGAGGGUUCAAAAAAUUCCGUGAACACCCGAUGCCGAAAGAACUUAACCCCACAUAUCGCUUGUUGUAUCCUCCAUACAGGAAGUCAAUGGGGCUGUACCUCAUGUUGUACAAAGAAAAGAUGAAGAGGAAGCAGAUGAAUGAGCUGCGGAGGAAGAGGUUUCAGAGGAAGAAGUUGCUGAAGAUGUUCCCACAUUUACAAAACACUGAGAACUAAACUGGUAGUUAGAUUGAAUAAAUUGGCUUUACAUUUAUAA